UAUGCUACUGCUGGCCGAUGUGCUGUUACUCGUUUUGCUUAUUGGUGCUGAAGAGCCUGUGUGCCGACCUCAUGGAACUAAAGAACUCGCAGAGUUUACAAAGGAAGGUGACGUUACAAUAGGAGGCAUAUUCUCUUUUCAUCAAAACCCUGUGAGUGUAAACCCCACUCUUCAAGCCAACCCAGGAAACAUCGGUUGUGAAGGCCUGGAUCCUGGGGAACUGCAGUAUGCCCAAACCAUGAUCUUUGCUAUUGAUGAGAUAAACAACAGCUCAGAGAUCCUCCCUGGUGUGUCACUGGGGUACAGGAUAUAUGACUCUUGUCCCAGCAUUCCCCUGUCAGUAAGGGCCUCACUGGCUCUAAUGAAUGGUCAUGAGGAGGAGACAAAUGCCUGCCUGAAACCUUCCAAUGUGCAUGCUGUGAUUGGAGACACAACAACAACUUCGACUAUAGGUAUUGCAAGAACAGUAGGACCCUUUCAUAUACCUGUGCUCAGUCAUUCAGCCACUUGUGCAUGUCUAAGCAACAGAAAAGAGUUUCCCACCUUCUUCAGAACCAUCCCCAGUGACUACUACCAGAGCAGAGCACUGGCCCAGCUGGUCAAACACUUUGGUUGGAACUGGGUGGGGGCCAUCAGAACCAACAGUGACUAUGGCAACAAUGGUAUGACCACAUUUCUCAAUGCAGCUGAGAAAGAGGGAAUCUGCAUAGAGUACUCACUGGCCAUAUACAGAACUGAUCCUAGACAAAAAUUUCUUGAUGCGGUUGAAACCAUUAAAAAGUCAACAUCUAAAGUUAUAGUUGCUUUUACAGAUGGCACAGAUUUGGAUAUCCUUAUCGAAGAGCUUUUUCUACAGAACGUGACCGGUUUCCAGUGGGUAGGUAGUGAAGGCUGGAUCACUUACAGGCAUAUCGCCUCCCCGAAGAGUUACGCAGUAGUGGGGGGCGCAAUUGGCUUUGCCAUCCCCAGUGCGCACAUCCAAGGCCUGAGGGAGUUUCUCAUGGAUGCCCGCCCAUCCAGCAGGCCUGGGAACACUGGCUUAGUGGAGCUCUGGGAGAGUGUGUUCAGCUGUACGUUGGCAUCGAGGAAGCAGAGCAGCAUGGCAGCCUGUACAGGAGAGGAGUCUCUAUGGGGAGCAGAGACCCGCUUGACCGAUGUGUCAGAUGCCAGCCUUCUUAACAACGUGUACAAGGCCGUUUAUGCUGUGGCUCAUGCGCUCCACAACCUUAUCAUGUGCAGAAGUGGACAAGGGCCAUUUGAGAACAAAACCUGCGCAGACAGCAAAAACAUUCAGCCAUGGCAGGUGCUACAUUACUUGACUAAGGUGAACUUCUCAACCAGACAUGGGGAAAGCGUUAACUUUGAUCAGCAGGGAGACCCUGUAGCCAGAUAUGCUCUGGUGAACUGGCAGCUUGGUGCCAGGGGUGAUAUAGUGUUUGAGACUAUAGGACUGUAUGACGCUUCCCUGUCAAAAGGACAGAAAUUUCUGAUGAAGGACACCAUCAGUGCUAUUUGGGCAGGUGAUCAGAGAGAGGUACCAAAGUCGGUGUGCAGUAACAGUUGUUGUCCUGGGACCCGCAGAGCAUUUGUGAAAGGCAAACCCAUUUGUUGUUUUGACUGUAUCCCCUGUGCAGAUGGUGAAUUCAGUAACACCACAAAUGCAGUGACAUGUGACCCAUGCCCUCUUGAAUACACUUCAAAUGAAGAAAGAAAUGAAUGUAACUUGAAAACCAUUGAAUUUCUGACUUUUCAAGAACUUAUGGGGAUACUGUUGGUAACAUUUUCUAUAUGUGGGGGUUGUCUUACUAUGACAAUUGGGGGAAUAUUCUUCUGUUACAGACACACACCUGUUGUCAGAGCCAAUAACAUUGAGCUGAGCUUCCUGCUGCUCUUUUCCCUGACCCUCUGUUUCCUCUGCUCACUCACUUUCAUCGGCCGACCCUCUCACUGGUCCUGUAUGCUGCGCCACACGGCGUUUGGGAUCACCUUUGUCCUCUGCAUCUCUUGUGUUCUGGGGAAAACAAUAGUGGUUUUAAUGGCCUUCAGGGCUACACUCCCAGGCAGUAAUGUCAUGAAAUGGUUUGGACCUUCUCAGCAGAGGCUCAGUGUCCUUGCAUUCACUCUCAUACAGGUGCUAAUUUGUGUGCUCUGGUUAACAUUAUCCCCUCCUUUCCCCAACAAGAACAUGAAAUACUACAAAGACAAGAUCAUUCUAGAGUGUGAUGUGGGGUCAGCAGUGGGCUUCUGGGCUGUGCUGGGGUACAUUGGUCUCCUCUCUGCCCUGUGCUUUGUACUGGCUUUUCUGGCCAGGAAGCUGCCUGACAACUUCAAUGAAGCCAAAUUCAUCACCUUCAGCAUGCUCAUAUUCUGUGCCGUCUGGAUCACCUUUAUCCCAGCUUAUGUCAGUUCACCAGGGAAGUUCACUGUGGCCGUCGAGAUAUUUGCCAUUUUAGCUUCCAGUUACGGUCUUCUUUUCUGCAUUUUUGCACCAAAAUGUUACAUCAUUUUACUAAAACCAGAGAAAAAUAACAAAAAACAUGUUAUGGGUAAAAUGGUAUCAAAGGCAUUAUAAAUAUGUACUCGUAUUUGACUGGCUUCCAUGUGAUCUAUUCACUGGAGAACUUUUCAGACAUUUGCAGCUGUUUUAAUUACAUAACAUGCUAAAAUAAAAUGUGUAAGAAUUGCACAGGUUAUAGAAGCACAAUUCAGAUUUUUGUUACUUUAUGUCUAAAGUUGUUCAUGCUAGAAGCUAGAGCUGUUACCAUGCAUCCUCUCUAGAUCAUUUUGCCAAACGAUAUGCCAAUAUAUGUGUCACACAUGCUGACUCAAACUCGCGCUUACAGGUACACUGUUCAUCAGUAAGCUGUAGAGCUAAAAGGCUCCCUUUUAAUUGUAACUGAUGUGUAGCAGCUACCCUGUCUACACUGCUAAUUAGAAAAACACCAUCAGCCAUGUCCCUGCUCUUGGCAUUGGCCACCUGGGAGGAGUUGCUAUAUUUUAAUUGGUAUCACUUUACUUGACAGGGCACAAAUAAUAUUGCAUUAUGCUAUUACUUAUGUAUUAAUUAACCACAAACUUAGUUACAUAUUAAUGUCAUGUUAAUUCAUCAUUAAUGAGCUGUGAUGCAUGUUUCAUGUUAAUUGUAUAAAUCUUUGUGAACUAUUGAAAGAACUA